AUGCCUACUGUUUGCACCGAGCAGCAUCAGCAGCAGCUACUCUACUAUGGAAAAAGCGCUCUGCUUGAUCUUGAUGCCCCUCCAAGAAAGCUCCUCCAUCGCCCUGGCCUCACCAUUUACGUCCCCGACGAUGACCAAGACAGAGAAUCGAAGCAGGAGUUAGACGAAGAGCAAGAAGGCGAGGAAGAACAAGAAGAAGAAGUGGAUACUUACUCAUGCGACGAUUUCCGAAUGCACGAGUUCAAGGUGCGUAGGUGCAUGCGGGGGCGGAGACCGAACUUCCGGCGGUCGGGGGCGUGCCCCCGCAGGGAUGCCUGCGAGUGGGCGCAUGGGGUGUCCGAGUGCUGGCUCCACCCCGCCCGCUACCGCACCAUGCCCUGCAAGGACAGCCGCCGCUGCCGCCGCAAGGUCUGCUUCUUCGCCCACUCCCCUCGCCAGUUCCGCCUCCUCCCCUCCCUCGCCACGGCCAACGCCACCACUCCCAUCCCCUCCCCUGGUUCGCUUCGCAAGCCCUCAAGUUGUGCCAUUUGGCCCACCGCCUCGUCACCAACUUCGACGCUCAGGGGUUUCUCUCCACCUCUAUUUCCACCGAUUCCCCCAUCUGGUAGACCGCUGCAGCCCUCUAGAUGUACUACUGCUGGCAAUAACAAUAACAAGAAUACUAUUACUGCUAGUAGUACUUACAAGGGGUGCGGAGUGUUGUUUUAUAGUGGAGUGAUGGGCUACGAUUCACUGUACGAGGAUCUGAUGAGUUCCUUGGAAGCGAUGGAGCGUUCUGGAGCUAUUGCUGCUGCUAUUGGGAUUAAUGGAAAUAGCGGUCGCUCCUCUUCGAGUUUCUCUACUUCGAGUUUUACCGGCCAGAUGGAGGAGAAGGAUUUGGUGGAGCGGCAGAGGAGCGACAGCAGUGGACUGGAUCAGGAAUGGUCGGUGGAGAGCUGA